UUUCAGUAACCAAAUCUGCAGCUCUGUUAUCCUCCCCCGACCCCAGUUCCUCAGCCUCUGGGAAUGAAGCAGUGACCUGGGAGUUCUUGUGCCUGCUCCCCGCUCUUCAGUAGGGUCCUGCCAACUCUGCAUUGUCCUGUUGGAUUUGCAGUCAGAUGUCUCACGCUGGCAGGCACUGGGAACGCAAUGAGUUCUGUCCCUGUAAGUUGGGCACAAAAAGAUCAGCAUGGGAGCAGCCUCCUUUGGGACAGCUGCUCUGAGAGAAUGCAGUAAGCAAGGGGCAGGCAGAAAUUCCUCUGAGCAGAGGGUGACUCGUGGGAGGAGUUCAGUUUGCUAAGUAUUGUCAUUUGCUGAGAGAAGGUGUGUGCUCAAGAAGGAGUUUUAACCUGGAGGAUCAUUAACUCUUUCAGUCAGCUGGCGAGCGGUGGUGGCUCAGCAAGUUCGUCCUGGAAGCGUCUGCUCGGGGAAAGUCAGGGAGGAGGCGUGGAAUCACUUUUUCAUGGGGGACCACUUUGAGAAGGGCCAGCACGCUUUGCUCAAUGAAGGAGAAGAGAAUGAGAUGGAGAUAUUUGGCUACCGGACUCAUGGCUGCCGGAAAACCCUCUGCCUUGCUGGAUCCAUCUUCUCAUUUGGAAUCCUCCCCUUGGUGUUUUACUGGAGACCUGCCUGGUAUGUGUGGGCAAAUUGCGUCCCGUGCUCCUUACAAGAAGCAGAUGUCGUGUUGCUGAGGACAACAGAUGAAUUCCAAACUUACUCUUGGAAAAAGGUAAUAUGGAUCCACCUGUCAGCACUAAAGAGCGCAUUUGGUCUCACUCCUGACCACCCUCUCAUUACAGAUGAGGACUAUAUCAUAAAUAGAGCCAUAAGAAAGCCAGAUCUAAAGGUGAGAUGCAUGAAAGUGCAAAAGAUAAGAUAUGUUUGGAACAACUUAGAAGGACAGUUCCAGAAAAUUGGCUCUUUGGAAGACUGGCUCAGUUCUGCCAAGAUACAUCUAAAAUUUGGAUCAGGACUAACAAAAGAAGAACAAGAAAUUCGGAGGUUAAUAUGUGGACCUAACACUAUUGACGUUGAAAUCACACCAAUUUGGAAACUGCUCAUCAAGGAGGUUUUAAAUCCAUUUUACAUAUUUCAACUCUUCAGUGUCUGUUUGUGGUUUAGUGAAGACUAUAAGGAAUAUGCUUUUGCCAUCAUAAUCAUGUCCAUCAUUUCCAUUGCUUUGACAGUAUACGAUCUCAGAGAGCAAUCUGUAAAGCUCCACCGUCUAGUUGAGUCACAUAAUAGCAUUACAGUCUCAGUAUGUGGGAGAAAAGCUGGAGUCCAAGAGCUGGAAUCACGCUUCCUGGUACCCGGAGAUCUAUUAAUUUUGCCAGGGAACAAAGUGCAAAUGCCAUGUGAUGCCAUUCUGAUUGAUGGCAGCUGUGUGGUAGAUGAAGGCAUGCUGACAGGAGAAAGUAUUCCAGUCACUAAAACUCCGUUACCCAAGAUGGAUGGCUCUGUGCCCUGGAAAACACAGAGUGAAGCGGAUUACAAACGGCAUGUCCUCUUCUGCGGCACAGAGGUUAUCCAGGCCAAAGGCGCUUGCUCCGGGACCGUGAGAGCGGUGGUACUGCAGACUGGAUUCAGCACUGCAAAGGGGGACCUCGUGAGAUCCAUUCUCUACCCUAAGCCGAUGAAUUUUAAGCUCUACAGGGAUGCCAUCAGGUUCCUCCUGUGCCUCGUAGGCACAGCCACCAUUGGAAUGAUCUAUACUUUGUGUGUCUAUGUGCUCAGCGGGGAACCUCCCGAGGAGGUGGUGAAGAAAGCCCUCGAUGUUAUCACAAUCGCGGUUCCCCCUGCCCUACCAGCUGCUCUGACCACAGGCAUUAUCUAUGCCCAGAGGAGGCUGAAGAAGAGAGGCAUCUUCUGCAUCAGCCCCCAGAGGAUCAAUGUAUGUGGACAAUUAAACCUUGUCUGCUUUGACAAGACAGGCACCUUAACACGGGAUGGCUUGGAUCUCUGGGGAGUCGUGCCCUGUGACAGGAAUGGCUUCCAGGAAGUCCACAGCUUUGCCUCAGGCAGGGCUUUGCCGUGGGGCCCACUGUGUGCGGCCAUGGCCAGCUGCCACUCUCUGAUUUUUCUGGAUGAGACCAUCCAGGGAGAUCCUCUGGACCUCAAAAUGUUUGAAGCCACCACCUGGGAAAUGGCUAUUUCUGGGGACGAUUUCCACGUCAAAGGAGUGCCGGCACAUGCUGUGGUAGUUAAACCCUGCAAAACAGCCAGCCAGGUCCCAGUGGAAGGAAUUGCAAUCCUGCAUCAGUACCCAUUCUCAUCAGCACUGCAGAGGAUGACAGUCAUUGUCCAAGAGCUGUGGGGUGACCGGAUGGCUUUUAUGAAAGGUGCACCAGAGAAGGUGGCCAGCUUUUGCCAACCUGAGACAGUACCAACUACUUUUGUUAGUGAACUUCAGAUUUACACAACACAGGGCUUCCGGGUCAUAGCACUGGCCUACAAAAAGCUGGAAAUGGACCACCAUACCACUGCCUUGAUGAGGGACAAGGUAGAAUCAGAUCUGAUAUUUCUGGGGUUGUUGAUCUUGGAAAAUCGAUUGAAGGAAGAGACAAAACCUGUCCUGGAAGAGCUCAUCUCGGCCCGGAUAAGGACCGUAAUGAUCACAGGUGACAAUCUUCAGACUGCAAUCACAGUGGCCAGGAAGUCUGGAAUGGUUUCUGAAAGCCAGAAAGUCAUUCUUAUUGAAGCAAAUGAAACCACUGGGUCCUCAUCAGCGUCUAUAUCUUGGAAAUUAGUAGAAGAGAGGAAACAUAUUGCAUAUGGGCAUCAGGACAAUUACAUUAACAUCAGGGAAGAAGUCUCUGAUAAUAGCAGAGAAGGAAGUUACCAUUUUGCCUUAAGUGGAAAAUCCUUUCAGGUUAUAAGUCAACAUUUCAACAGCCUACUACCAAAGAUACUAAUCAAUGGGACCAUCUUUGCAAGAAUGUCUCCUGGGCAGAAGUCCAGUUUGGUGGAAGAAUUUCAGAGACUGGAUUAUUUUGUAGGUAUGUGCGGUGAUGGAGCCAAUGACUGUGGGGCUUUGAAAAUGGCUCACGUGGGCAUCUCUUUAUCAGAGCAGGAGGCAUCUGUGGCCUCGCCUUUCACUUCCAAAACUCCAAACAUUGAGUGCGUCCCUCACCUUAUCAAGGAAGGACGUGCAGCUCUUGUGACCUCAUUUUGCAUGUUUAAGUACAUGGCCCUGUACAGCAUGAUUCAGUAUGUUGGUGUUCUGCUGCUCUACUGGGAGACGAACAGCCUUUCAAAUUACCAGUUUCUGUUCCAGGAUCUGGCCAUUACAACUCUUAUUGGUGUAACAAUGAAUUUGAAUGGUGCCUACCCCAAGCUGGUGCCUUUCAGACCUGCAGGACGGCUGAUCUCCCCACCUCUACUGCUCUCUGUGAUUCUCAACAUUCUUCUCAGCCUGGCCAUGCAUAUUGUGGGCUUCAUUCUGGUUCAGAGGCAGCCUUGGUAUUCCAUGAAGACACACAGUGCCUGCACAGUGCAAAAUGAAAGCAUCUCAAAGUUAACCAUUUCUCCAGCUGCUCCAGGAAGAAAUGGAAGUAAUAGUGACUUCACAAGUUUUGAGAACACUACUAUAUGGUUCUUGGGAACAAUCAACUGUAUUAUUGUGGCUCUUAUCUUCUCUAAAGGAAAACCAUUUAGGCAGCCAACCUAUACAAACUAUAUAUUUGUCCUUGUGCUGGUCAUACAGCUGGGUGUGUGUCUAUUCAUUCUAUUUGCUGAUAUUCCAGAAUUAUAUAGGCGUCUGGAUCUGCUCUGCACUCCUGUCCUGUGGAGGGUCUACAUUGUCAUUAUGCUCGGCUCCAAUUUCAUUGUGUCCUUUGUUGUGGAGGAAGCCAUUAUUGAAAACCGAGCGCUGUGGAUAAUAAUCAAAAGGUGUUUUGGCUAUCAAUCAAAAAACCAGUAUCGGGUAUGGCAGAGGGCUUUGGCAAAUGACCCCACUUGGCCCCCGAUAAACCAAACCUCCUACUCUGACACCCCGGGGUAUGGCAGGGAAGUGUCUUACAGCAAUCCGGUCUUUGAGAGCAAUGAGGAACAACUUUGAAGGCAAUGAGAUAAACAUGUUGAUAUAAUAUAGAAAUGACAACAAAAGGGACCAAUUUCAGUGAUUUUUUUAAGCAAUGAGACUCUUACAAUAUCAGCUGGAGUUUUUGGAAUCAAAAACCUAUCAAAUCAUGGUGACAAAUUAAAGUCUGUUUGACAAAAUACUUUCUACAGAGCAGAACACUGCCCCAAGAGUGCUUCCGUCUUGGCUGCUGAAAGUAUUAGAGGUGUUCAGUGAAUCAAGAGUGGACCAAGGAUGGCAGUGGGCCAAGAGAUUGGGAGACUAAAGGAGAAGGAGAAUAUGCAAUCUUUUUUCUUAGAUAAUAUAUAUUUUAAGUGAAUUGAGGGAAAGUAGCAGUAUGUGUAGUCAUAGAAUUGUAACACGUUAAAGAUCAUUUUUGAAUUCUCAUUUCACUGAUGGAAAAAUGAAUGCAAGGGAACUAUCACACCAA